UUUUGGUCGACGUCGCCCUGUGGUCGUCGCUGUUUUGGCGUCGUCGUCGUCAAGUUUCAUUAUUUCCCUCUGGGUGCAACAACACGUAAAAAAAUUGUUCUUCUCGCUAGCGUUUUUUUUGUUGGCCAAGUCUGCUAUAAACGUUGCUGCUGUGGCCGAGGAGGAUCAAUCUAAUCGUGGUGUGGAAGUUAAUAGCUGAAUUUUGGGGGCAAGUUGAAAUUGGCACUUGAGCUUGGGCCGUUCUCUGGUGGCUCCCCUCGUACCGCAGGUUGGACUCGCCUCUCGCCGUGCGAUGAGGGGAGAGCGGAGAGUGUGGCGAGGGGCGUCCGGCUCCCAGUCUCACCAACCUUCCUCACCUCACCCGACUUGGACCCUGGCAAAACCCACACAACACAAUUCAUUCUAGCUACGAAAGCAGCAAAAUGUAUGUCUCUCAACCUCCAUCCCAGUCUGCGAUUCGGCUCUCUCAACGGACGGAGAACGAAGAUCGGUGAGGCAACGCUUCCCUUUUCCAUGGAAGAACUGCCCCCACCACGUUAACAAAGUUGACCUUGUCGUAUGAGGGGGUGUCAAAGUUCACAUGUACGUUGGCAUAUGUAACGGGAGGUAUUCACAUACCACCAGGACGCAGGUCUUGAGAGACAUAACUACUCUUUGUAAAGAGGAGAUCCGCUUAAAGAGCGUUCAUUUAAACAGAAAUAAAAUUGUGCGUGUCAUAAUCGCUGACUUGCUCGUUUCCUUUGUACGCCUCGAUUUAAACCGAAGGUUUACAUCUUUAGCAACCAGGAUAUAAGUGUUGCGGGGUGGUGUCGCCAUACGUUGCGGAGGAGGCACACCCCCUACACCCACUCCCCAGGGGAUGGUGGUGGUAGUGCGGUGGUGAUAAGUGGUGGUGGUGGUUGGUGGCGAGUGUGGUGCCGACGUGUUGUCGUCGACGACAACGACGACGCGGAGGAGGGGGAAAUAAUUCUACUGCAGAGCUCAUCCCCAUCAUCGCUCCUCCCGCACCAACAUGUACGCCAACGCGGCGGCGGCAAAUGAACAUGGGCGCUAUUUGGCGUACCAAACCUCGCAGCCCCCCACGAACGCUCCCUCGAACGUUUUUCGGAGUGCGGAAGAGAGGGGUGCAGGACCGAAUAGUCGGCAGCGGAUGUCACUCCUCCCUCCACCGUCACAAAACCAGCAGGGGGAGUACAACAUGGGACACGGAUCCUCCCCUCUCACCCCCAGGAACGAGAGGCAGGCCCAACAAAUGGGAUCAUCUCACUACGGUGGGGACGGCGGAAUGAUGAAGCUGCCUAUGAGCGAAAGUCCUCCGUGCAAGAAACCCAGGCUUGGAGAUUCCAAACCGGAUAUGCACAUGCCACUGAGGAUUGAUACUGACAGAGCGAGAAGUGGGCCUGCGUAUAACCCACAGGUCGAAGCGAUAAGCCCAACUCUGCCGUCCGAGUCAAUUAGGGAUGAGUCACCGUUAAGAUCCACAAAGGAAGAUUUAUUACUAAAUAUUGCUCGAGUGGAUCGAGAAAUAGCCAAAACAGAAAGUCAAAUCGCAAAAUUGAAAAAGAAAAAAAUUGAACUCGAAGAAGCUGCUACUCAACCACAGAAGGAGAAAGAGGAAGCCAGUUGUGCAUCCGACUCUAUUAUUCAAUCCUUACCUCAAAGCAUUUACGCCGAAAAUAGAAAAAAAGCUGCCGAGGCUCAUCACAGCUUGGUUAAAUUAGGUCCUCACAAUGAUCUCCCAUUAUAUAAUCAGCCAUCCGAUACGCCGGUGUAUCAGGAGAAUUCGGCGAAAUACAACGAAUUCAAGUCCAGGCUAGUGUUGCAUUUCAAAUCAAAACAAAAGGAAAAAGAGAAACGUGAUACCUAUUUGACCAAAACAUACGCCCAGCUGUCCAUUGAAUGGGUGCGAAAUGUGGAAAGGAUCGAAAAUACACCGAAAAAGAAAGCACAAGAAACCAAAAAGCGAGAGCUAUUUGAAAAAGUAUUUCCCGAAUUGCGCAAACAACGCGAGGACAAGGAACGCUUCUCGCGUGUCUCCAGAAUUAAGUCUGAUGCAGAUUUAGAAGAAAUUAUGGAUGGCCUCCAUGAGCAAGAAAUGGAAGAUAAGAAAAUGCGAAGUUAUGCUGUGAUCCCACCUGCUUUAUUUGACUUGAAAACUAGGAGUAGGCGUUUUAAGAAUACUAACGGGUUAAUGGAAGACCCAAUGCAGGAAUACAAAGAUAAACAAUUUUUAAAUUUGUGGACUGAUCAAGAAAAGGAGAUAUUUAAGGAAAAGUAUCUCCAGCAUCCCAAAAAUUUUGGAAUAAUCAAAUCCUACCUGGACCGGAAGUGUAUCCCAGAUUGUGUGCUCUAUUACUACCUAAGCAAGAAAACUGAAAAUUAUAGGCAGUUGCUUCGAAAGAGCCGAGCAAGACCAAGAACUAGAAAUCAGAACUCGCAAAACAACACGAAUAACUCAUCAAACAAUCAAGUGCCAACUGUUGUAAAAACUGAAAACAAUGGGGUCACUACGCGUCAACAAAAAGAACAGAAAACUGAACCAUCACAAAAUGUGUCUUCGUCUGUUCCUUGUUCCCAAGGAAGUAGUACUACCGAUGGACUGAACGCUACGUCAUCAUCUCCGACAAUCGUAAUGCCAAUAGUUAGCGAAGAAAAUAAUGCCAACAACAACAACAAUAUUAGUAACAACAAUAACAAUAAUUCCUCACAACAGUCUCCCCCAAAUGAUCAAUUCGUUGGACAACCUCGAAAAAAUCAUAAGGAUGAGGCUAAGGAGAUGAACGACGUGGACACCUCCGACGACGACAUGGAACCAAAUGGUGAAAAGGGUGGUCCGCAUACUUGUGUAUGUUGUAAAACGCAAGUAGAAAACUUCCUUCAGUCCAGACCAAUUUCAAGAAAUCAAGCGUCAAUGUAUGGAUUGAAUGAGAUUGAUAUACAGCCCUCAGAUCGUGUCUGCAUUUCAUGCCGUUGCAAAGCAGUCCGAAGACGAACAAAAUCAUCACAAUGCCCGAUCCCCACCUGUCCAGCGAAACGUGCAAGAAUAAAACGGUUGAGACCAUUUCCACCAAAAUGGACCGAACUGGAUGACUAUAGACGCUCCGCCAUUAUCGCUAAAUAUCAAAUACCAGAAAACUGCACAAAAUGUUGUACGGCGUGUUUCAACCGAAUCAACAGGCGAAUGGCACCCAACGCUAGUUUGGAUACUCCAGAUGAUCCUGGCUGUGAUACCACUCGCUGGAGUGAUGAGGAAAUUGAGUGGAUGAAAAAGGGCCUUUCAGAGGUUGGAACGGAUUGGGUGAAACUAUCCGAAAGAAUUCCAUCAAAAUCUGAGCUUCAGUGUAGAAAUUUUUACUUCAACUUUCGGAAGAAGUUCGGCCUAGAGUCUCUCGUGCAAGAGCACAAAAAGGACUUUUCCCUAUUUCAGAGCAAGGGUGGGCAUGGUCCUCCCACGCUGACAGAUGAAGAAGAGUCUGGGUCUACCACUUCCAGCUGUGAUGAAACCGGUGCAACUUCCCAUGAACAACCACCUCGUCCGUCCAACAUUAACGAAAAGAAACAAGAUGACUACGACUCUUCUGCCACUGUGAGUGCUGAGGAAGGAAUUGCCGAACCUGAUAAACCCAAUUCCCAUGAAGACAUCAAAGUGUUUCCCAAUAACCCUGAGAGUCCCCUCUCCCUCACCAUCCGAGCAAGCAUGAACAACCAAAGUCCAUUCGCCCCCUCUUCUCAUAGCAGUAACAACAAGCCAAUGAAUCUGAACCCAUCCCCACAUUCUAUUGUCUCAGGACAACAUGGAAUUCGCUCGGCCAGUCCUGGUCAAGGGCCGCACGUACCUACAGUGUCGAUUACCCCAAGGCAUCCCCAUUCUUCAGUAAUGCAUCAUACCCAAAUUACUAGUUCUCCAAGUCAUCAUCAAUUCCCACCUCAAAAUUUUCCUCUUCAUAUGCAGUCAAACGUGGUGCAUCCGGGGUUGGGACCAAGCUCAAUGAGUGGCGUUCCACAUCACAUGUCAUCCCACCAAGGAUCUCGGAGAUAUCCUAGUCCAGACAAUAGUGAUCAGGAACCAAUGACAUUAAAAGUAAACGAUAUACUUCACGCAACAAUUGAACGCCAGUUGCGCAUACAGGGACCUAUAAGCAACAAUAACUCGGUACGUUUUACCCAUCCCGGUCCUAGCGUUUCUCCAACUAUAACAUCAAUAUUAAAAAGUCAAGAUCGAAGUCACUUACCUCCGCCAGGGACGCAGCAGAUAAUGACUCAAAUACAUCAUAGUUCACAGCAAAAACAGCAACAACAGCAGAAUGAACAACCCCAACAUCACCCUCAGUUGACAGUGACCCCGAGCAUAUUCCCUCAUCAACACCCAUCAUACUAUGGUCCCACCAAAGUUGAACGAAUAUCUCAACAUCACAUAACUCACGAUGGCUUAUCUCUAAUCCAAGUUCCUCCUAGAGAUGAAUGUGGUACGUUGGAUUUGAGUAUGAAAAAGCGGUCUCCAUCCCCUCACAUGACGGUUCAUCGUCCCCCUUCAAACGGGCCUCCACCAGCUCAUCAACCUUUGGACUUUACUCCUCGGCAGCAGCCCAUAAAUGACAUUUAUUUCCAACAAGGAAACAAGUUUUCUCCGAUUAGAGGAAGGCCAGGACCACUUCCACCACCGCCGGCGAAACAAUCAAAAGUGCCUCCGCCACCUCCACUAACCAAACAACCUAGUUUAUCCCCGAUGAAGGAUGGAUCAAUUACUCAUGGAACCCCACUGCAUCAUCCUCAAUCAAUUUCAUCCAAGUACGAAGGGUUGCUGCGUCCGAAGGAGGGGUCAAUUACUCAAGGGACGCCAAUGGAGAAAAUGAGAGGAAAGGAAGGUGUUCCUGCAGCAUAUGUCUCAUUCGAUAGAUCAGCGGAUUACUAUAAAAGAGUUCCGCCAAAUGCUCCAUACUUUCAUGGGUCUCAAAACCAAUUUUAUGGUCAAAGGCCACCAUCGACUGGUCAACGUAGUUCGCCCCCCACGAGUCAUCAACAACAACAACAACAGCAACAACAACAACAUCCAUCAAAUUAUUCAACAGAUCAGCAUAACACUUCCCGACAGAUUAUCAUAAAUGAUUAUUAUACGUCACAACAAAUGCAAAAUCCUCCAGUUCAACAAAAUCCUCACAUUUCACAAAACUCUAUUGGACAACAACAACAGCAACGGAUAGAUCCGUCAAAACGGAAUUCGGUUCCUACCAUGUCAAUUUCCAGUCCCAAUCCAAUGUAUUCUGUUCAAUCUCGACCAGAUAUGUAUCGACAGUCCCCUUCCCCGUCUUGUCCUCCACACCAACAACAACGACAAGGAGUCAUACAGAGGGCAAACGCAAACCGGGUUGUGAAAGUCGAACCUGGCCAAAACCACGAUGCAUUUUCUAGACUUGUGGAUGUAGCCGUAAAUGCUCCAAGUUUACCUGUUCCUAAGGAGGAACCCCGUAAUCGAGUUAAUCUCCCACGAGUGGACAUGGUGAGGGAAGGACUUGGUAAAAGCAUGGCAGAAAUAGAGCGUAAUCGCAACACCGGACCUCCUCCCCAGCAGAUGCAGCAACAACAGCAGAUGCAGAAUAGCAUGUACAGGAAUCCAAAUAUUUCCUUGACACAAUCGGGGGUAUUAUCCGAGGCAGUCAGAUCGGAAAGAAUGAGACUAGAACAGGAGGCGAGAUACGGUCGUGGAAAUGAAGGACAGGACGCCACUCUCACCGCUGCUUCAUUGAUUGACGCCAUUAUUACUCAUCAAAUAAACCAACCUUCUCCCAACGAUCGUCAGUCUCCUGCCCCUUCAAAGUCAGACCGUUUGUUUGCAUCCUUUCAACGAGCUUCCUCUCAACCACAACAGCAGCAGCAACAACAACAUACCAAUUCCCCUAUGCAUAAUGCUCAUCAACAACAACAGCAGCAACAACACCACCAGCACCAACAGCAACGACAUCAACAGCAACAACAACAUAACCCAGUGCACCUCUCGAACAUGCAACAACACAUGGAUGAGAAAAUGGAAGACAACAACCGUGGAAUGAACCACAAAAAUUCUCCAGGUCUCAAUGUCUUGGAACAUAUUAACUUGGUUAUAUCCAACGACUAUAAUUCGGGGAAAAAUUCCAGUGGGCCACCGAUGGGUUCAGUAGAUGUAUCUUCUCACCUUCCGCCACAAUCCUCCCAUUCAUCCUCCUCCAUCUCGGUCAUGCCCAGUCAGUCUCCAAAAAAGGAAGAUCUUCAAGGUCAAGGCUAUCUAAGUUGGAAAUUACGACGGGCUCUCCAACGAGAAAAUGAAAUGCCAAAGGAAAACCACCCAGAUGAACGUCACAUAAUAAGAGUAGCUCAAAAUGAGGACAGUGGUAGUAGUCGACCGUCGUCCAGACCUCCAUCCCAUCCUACCUCAAUUCAUGAAUCUAAUGAGAAUGGGAGCGAUGAAUUAAAUGUACCUGCAACCUCUUCUGCCUCGGGAAACCACAGUGGCCCCCCAACCGAUGACAGAUUUAGUGGGAAACCCGGCUCAAAGAAUAUUUCGCCUCUAGAUUAUGUCAACAAUUUAAUCAAGGUCAGGAUGAGGAAGGAAAAUGCUGAGGACAAAGAAGACGAGAAACAACAACAAAAGGUUAAUCAUGAAGGGGGUGGGUCCUCCUCAUCCAACUUGUCAAAUCUUCACCAUUCUUCCUCCAUCCACUCGUCCGGACCUCCCACAUCCUCCUCCAGUCAACUCAAUAAUGACGAAAAUUUUCAGAGCAACUCUGCCCUCAAUGACGACCCUUCCUCAAGCUCCUAAAAUAAACCAUAUACAUAAUAAAUGUAUGCAUAAUACGUAAAAUAUAUAUUAUUGUGAUUAUUAUUAUUAUUAGCCUGAAGAAGAAGAUAAUCAAUUGCGUAAGAUUAGUUUCCGUACCCAGCUAUCACAUUAAAACAUGAAUAUAUAUUAUAUUAUAUUAUAUUAUAUUAUAUUAUAGUAUAGUAUUUCUGACUUAUUAUUAUCGUUAUUAUUUCCUUAAUGUUUAAUUAAUCAUCGUCAUGAUAUACUACUGACUAAUUAUGUUGACUCGAUUUCAUAUACAGCUAUAUAUAUAUAUAUAUCUAUCUAUUUCUUAAGCGAUUUCGUAAGUAUACAUACAUAUAUUCAUUGUUAUUGUUAAAAAUUCGUACCAUCGGAAAUAAAAAGUGGGAUAUAAAAACGAAA